AUGAGUCGACUCCGUGUGAGUCUGAAUCACCUCCAGGUUCUUCUUCACUGUUCACUGAGUCGUUCAGUGAAUCAAAUAUCUUCCAUAUGUAUUUUCCCCUGCUCACCACGACCUCCAUCCCCUGCUCACCACGACCUCCAUCCCCUGUUCACCACGACCUCCAUCCCCUUCCCACCACGACCACCACCCCCUGCUCACCACGACCUCCAUCCCCUGUUCACCACGACCUCCAUCCCCUUCCCACCACGACCACCACCCCCUGUUCACCACGACCUCCAUCCCCUGCUCACCACGACCUCCAUCCCCUUCCCACCACGACCACCACCCCCUGUUCACCACGACCUCCAUCCCCUGUUCACCACGACCACCACCCCCUGUUCACCACGACCUCCAUCCCCUGUUCACCACGACCACCAUCCCCUGCCCUCCAUGACCUCCAUCCCCUGUUCACCACGACCACCAUCCCCUGCCCUCCAUGACCUCCAUCCCCUGCCCUCCAUGACCUCCAUCCCCUUCCCACCACGACCACCACCCCCUGUUCACCACGACCUCCAUCCCCUGCCCUCCAUGACCUCCAUCCCCUGUUCACCACGACCACCACCCCCUGUUCACCACGACCUCCAUCCCCUGCCCUCCAUGACCUCCAUCCCCUUCCCACCACGACCACCACCCCCUGUUCACCACGACCUCCAUCCCCUGUUCACCACGACCACCACCCCCUGUUCACCACGACCUCCAUCCCCUGUUCACCACGACCACCAUCCCCUGCCCUCCAUGACCUCCAUCCCCUGUUCACCACGACCACCAUCCCCUGUUCACCACGACCACCACCCCCUGUUCACCACGACCUCCAUCCCCUGCCCUCCAUGA